AUGUUGAUCUCACUUACCGUGGGUAAAGUUGAUGCCGGAGUGGCUGUCUUAUUAACUCAAGAUAAACGACUUAUUGAAUUUCCAUCUAUUCUUCUUCCACCCAACAUUACCUCUGGCAGCAUCGUCGAUAUCACCGUUGCAAGAAACCUUAUCUCGGAGGAUAAAUCCCAAAAGUCAUUCCUAGCUCUUCAAGACUCUAUCUUCAAUUCCUUUGGUGCAUCAGAGCCAUCUGCACCAGUCCUUCGCUGUCGUAAUGCAACUCAAACUUCCGUCGUCUUGGAAUGGGAUCCUAUUGAGUUGGCAACCGCAGACGUCAUCUCCCUCUCCCUUUUCCGCAAUGGACAAAAGGCUGGAAACAUCCCACGGCCCACUCAGAUGCUGAGCACGAAGAUUAGUGGUUUGGCGGUUGAUACGGAAUAUUCGUUUCAUCUGGUACUGAGAACAAGUGCUGGGACUUUUAGUAGUGAGAGGGUGGUUGUAAAAACACAUAAGAUGACGGAUUUAAGUGGCAUCACGGUUACACCUGGUGUUUUACCUGCUGCAUUGAAGGAGAGUCUUGUCAAGGCAGUUGAGAGGAUCGGGGCGAAGAUAGCAGAUACUGUGAGGAUCGACACCACACACUUUGUGACCACAGAGGGAAGAGGUAUAGCUUGGGAGAAAGCUGUUGAGAUGAAUAUUCCAGUUGUAAGACCGGAAUGGGUUGAGGGUUGUGAAAGAGGCGGAAGAAUUGUAGGUGUUAGGCAAUAUUAUCUUGAUGCAGAUCCAAAACAGAGACAAGUAGUUUCGAACGCACCUCCGCCUCAACCAGCACAGCCUGAACCACGGAAGGAGCAAGUAGCAACUCCACCUAAUUCACCCCCGCCCACAAACACAAACGGUACGAAUGGUCACACUAUUCCUCCUACUCCACCCGCAAAAGAUACACCUAAGCCAGAUAAGGGGAAGAGAGAGGAGCAAGAAGAAGAAGAUUCCGAGAGCGACUCGGAAGGAGGAAAAGAAAAGCAUGGGACAGAAAAGACAGCUGUACCCGAAGAGCAAAAAUCCCGCGCCUCAGAUGUAGAGCAACAGAAACUUGCUCUUCGACCUGCAGCGCCAUUUGGGGUAUCAGCGGAUGACUUGACCAAAUCGAGCGAUAACAUUUCUGGCAAUCAAACACCAGGAAAUGCUAGCUUUCAAGAUGUCGCUUUGUGA